AUGGAAACUUCUGCCUUUACGCGGAGCCGACGAAGCUCCAUGGCGCACGACUUUAAGGGUGGUCUCUCGCUCUGGCUGGUGGUCUGGUUGGCUGUGGUUAAGCCUGCACCUGUGCAGAGCUGCCCACACCUGUGCGUGUGUUACCCAUCUCCCAUGACCGUGAGCUGCCAGGCGCAGAACUUCACCUUCGUGCCCAGCGGUAUCCCCUACGAGUCACAGCGCGUCUUUCUGCAGAACAAUCGCAUCACAGAGCUGAGAGUGGGCUCCUUUGGCUUUGGGACUCAGGUUCUGUGGCUCUUCUCCAACAACAUUACCUGGAUUGAGGCUGGUGCUUUCAGUGAGCUGCGUGAUCUGGAGGAGCUGGACCUGGGUGAUAACCCUCACCUGCGCCGCCUGGAGGGUGGAGCUUUCCGUGGGCUAGAGAAGCUGCAGAGCCUCCACAUGCACCGCUGCCAUUUGUCCACCCUCCCCCAUGACAUCUUCCACAAGCUCUACAGCUUGCAGUACCUCUAUCUUCAAGAGAACCAGCUCCAUUUCCUCCAGGAUGACCUGUUUGCUGAUCUUAUCAACCUCAGCCAGCUCUACCUGCAUGGCAAUCGCAUCCGCACGCUGUCCGAGAAUGUGUUCCGUGGCCUGGUCAACCUGGAUCGUCUGCUGCUGCACGACAAUCGCAUCCGACAGGUCAAUCGCCGCGCCUUCCGCGACCUGGGCCGCCUUACCAUGCUCUUCCUUUUCAACAACUCAUUGGCUGAGCUGCCCGGCCAGACGAUGCGCGAUGUGGAGUCCAUCGAGUUCCUGCGGCUCAACAACAAUCCCUGGACCUGUGGCUGUGAGGCUCGCCCACUUUGGGAGUUCUUCAGGUCCAACCGGGUCUCCAGUUCUGAGCUGCUCUGUGCAUCUCCUGCUCCCCGCCGUGGCCUGGACCUUCGCUUCCUGCGUGAAAUGGACUUUGCCCUGUGCCCCCUGCCAGACCCUGGCUCCCUGGCUGGAACCACCACCACUACCUUCAGCACCAAGACCCGCUGGUGGUUCUCCAAGCACAAGCCUGUCAGCUCCACCAAGGGCAUCUUUGAGAAGAGCUCAGAAAUCGUGAAAGCCCAUCCCUUCUCUGGUGGCAAACCCUCAGUCACAUCCACAUCCACGAAGUAUGAGCUGGGCGAGGAAGAGGCGCUGCUUCCUAAAUUGGAAAAAGAAGAGUACUGGGCCAACUAUGGCAAUGAGGAUGCAGGCAUCACCUCACUGCGCUGCUUCGAACUGGAAUGCCCUGACUUUGACACCCUUCCCCCCUUCUCUUCUUCAUCUUCUUCCUUACCUUCCACUCUCUUACUAGUUGUUAUGUCCGUCAUGACUGUAUCUAUCCAUCUCCUCUUUGGCUGAAUCUUUGUAUCUUAGUCAGGGAUCUUGAUCCCCAUUUCUCUUCCCCUCUCUGGAGGAGUGAAGACCCCGUUUACUCAAUCUAACUCUCACAUACCUGAUUCCUGUUUAACUUCUACCUUACUUGUAUUUCUGUUCUGUUCAGUUUGAGCCUCUAGGCUAUCCAGGCAACUAGAGGGCACUACACUGAUUUAGGAUACAGUAGGUGAAGCAGGGAAUUCAGGCCAGGUACUGCAGUGCAGGCCAUUAUCACAAUGGAAGGUAAUGAUAGCUACUACCAGAGGACUUAGUUAGUCAACAGGUACACUGUCCUCCUUCCUUGUGGACUUUUCAUAUAUAGCCCAGUCUGUAUGGACUGGGGAUAUAUGGUUCCAUCCUAGGUUUAUGUACAACAUUUGUAUACUUCUGCCUUUUUUGGCUGCUAUUAGUGCUAUUUUGGCUAUUGUAAAUGCUGCUUGUGGUGGUCCUAUGACUAUAACUGUCUUUAUAAUUGCAG